AUGGAGGACAAUCGCAACAAGUGGAGCCCCAAAGUGUUUCUCCCCCAGCCCCCUCCUCCCCCGGUAAACCCCCGCAAGCUCUGUCCUCCCCUCCAGCCACAUUCUCCAUUAGCCUCCCCCCAACCCCCUCUCCCCAAAAAACAGAGGCAAGCUCAAGAGGUCCUUCAGAGUAGCAGGACUGUCAAAUAUGUGGUCAUAGCAGCUACACCAAAGACAACAAGAUUUGGAACAGUCAAAAUGCCCAAUAAGGAGAAGGCCAUGGCUCCCCAGCCAGCAGGGCCCAGUAAGUUGGCCCAGUACUCUACACUGCAGCACUCCUUCCUUACGGACGUCUCUGAUGUGAGAGAGAUGGAGGGAGGCCUCCUCAACCUGCUCAAUGACUUCCACUCCAUAAAAUUGCAGGCUUUUGGGAAGGUGUGCUCCUUUGAGCAACUGGAGCACAUGCGUGAAAUGCAAGAGAAGCUUGCAAGGCUACAUUUCAGUCUGGACAGCCAUGUGCAGGAGAUGUUAGAGGACCAGCAGAAGUGUGCCUCCGACCACAACCUGGAGCACCUGCUCUGCAACAUAAGCACCACUAUGGAACAACUCAGCAGCUCAAUACAAAAACUACACCUGGCUAAAAACCAGGACCUUCCCAAGACGUCUGGACGUUGA